CUGCCUAUCUACUUACCUUUUAUCAAAGAGUAAAUUAAUACAACCUUUUAUUUUUAUUAGUUUGAUUCCACUUUUAAUCAUAGAUAGGUACCUAUUUAAUUUACUUUUCUAUUAGGUAGGUAAUUUAUUUGUUUCCUAUCUGUGAUUUGUGUAUUAUUUUUAUUUGAUUAUGCAUGGCAUCACAUAUUUAGAUCUUAAAAAACAGAUAGCAUAUAAUGUUGCGACAAGUGAUAGACACCGAGAAAAAUUAGAUAGUUUAAAGAGCUUUUUCAGAGAAGAUAUAAAUUCACCAAGACAGUACGAAAAAAUCGAAACUAUCAGCGAGCUUCUACGGGUUCUAGAAACUAGGGAUGUAUUAUCAGAAAAUGAUAUUCAGCCCUUGAAAGAGAUAGCGACUAAGAUGCCUAAUAGUGAUGAAUUAUUAGGCACAAUCGGACGCUACGAAUGGACGCAGAAACAAAAAGAACUUCCAAUUUAUCAAGUUCCUGAAACCAUUCUAGGCAAAGUAAGAAUAUCACCAAAUGAGAAAUUCUCAACAGAAAACUUCAAUAAUGGCAUAAGUUUAUUGAAAAAGCAAAGAAUCUAUGAAGCUGUUAUAGAAAAUAUUGGUACAUUCUGGUGUGCUUUAGGUAGAAAUUUGAAAAUCAGGGAAUGUGUGAUUGAUGAGAUAAAUCAAAAUUAUGGUGACCGAUAUGCUAAAGCAACUAGGUUGAUGGAGUUUUAUGAACAACGAGCAGAUCCAGAGAGUUGGUUUUUUGACCUUUGUCAUGCUUUAGAUGAGACUAAGAUGGUAUUGUUAAGGAAAAAAAUUCAGCAAAUUAUGAUGAUGAACUUUUGAAAAUAAAGUCCUCCUAUUAAGCAUAUAGACACUAUUUAUAUUUGAAAAUGUGAGCUGUAAGCUAUUCAAAUAGAUAUCAGAAUAAUUCUCAUCUAAUUUAACCCUAACAAUACAGUACAUCUCCAGUUAAAACAGACUGAUUACUGAACUGUCAAAACAAAAAAAAAUGUAUUAAUUUAUGAAGAUAAGAAGGUAUUUCACAUUCUAGAACUAAUUUGUAAAUUUCGGACCAUAAUUAACAUAAAGUUUGUAUUUUAUUAUAAAAAUACUUCAAAUUAAUUAUUAGGUAAAUGUUAGUAUUGACACAAUAAUUAAUUAGAAGUAUUUUAUAGUUAUUAUUUGAGAGAUUUUUGUUUAGAAUAACUAAUAAAUCUAUAACUUUUAUUAUAUUGUGAUUCAGUUUAUGAUUUUAGUAACUAUACUAUAUUAUUUAUUGAAGUAGAAAUUAAUCAGAUAUCAAGUACUUUUGUACAAUAAGUUGGACUAGCUUGCUAUUUUAUUUAAGUAUUUACUAAUUUUUAUAGUUUCAUAACCCAAAAUGUAAAACAGAACCCUAAUUAGGCCACUCUGUUAACUCUGUCAAGAUAUUUUGUUGAAAUUAUAUAUAUGUAUACCAUAAUAACCAACCAUAACUGUUCCAGUAUCUGAUCUGAUGCAAUCAGAUACUGGAACAGUUAUUAUGGUUAUUUAAAUAUCAAUCUGAUCUGGGGGCUUACCAUUAUCUCUUAAUCUAUCUAGUUCAGGACCUAAACUGAUCUGCAUUGCAAAUUCGUACCAUCAAGUUAAUUUUUAAUGCUAAUGUGAUUCAUUUCAGGUUCAUAAGUUGAACUGUGCUGCAUUUGAAUCAUAUUCCGUAAAAGUUGAUGGAUAUUUCUUUUAUCUAUGGUUGAUGGUAAGCCUGCUGUUUGUCAUCUCAAACUUAUUUGAUGUAUGUUGCAAUAUUUUGGUGUUUACUUGUAAUUUCAGAGCAAGCCCUUUUGAGAAAUAUUAACAUUAAUAAAUAUUUAUUGAGUACAUUUGAGUUUAACAUAAA